UGAUGGUUUCCUGCAAUCGCGUGACAGAGUAGUAUAAUUUCAUCGAGUUGAGUUCAGACGUCAGAAGCAGAUAUUGGCACUAGGAGACAAGAUGUCACUCGCUGUGAAAGACAUUUCUGUUACCUACAAUCCUAUCAAUCAGAGCAAUACCUUCACCAGCGGGGAUUAUAUAGCGGGACAAGUCAUCCUGGAUGUAGCGAAGGGCACACAAAUUCAGUCGUUGAGUGUGAAAAUUAAAGGGAAAGCGGAAGUGUUUUGGACCGAGCAUCACAGUAAAAUCACGAUUAUUUACUCGGACGAGGAGAAGUAUUAUUCCGUGGAGAGAUUUUUUGUUCGGGAGGACAAAACGCAUGGAAAUGAGAUGCUGAAAGAUCCAUCAGGACAGCCGUAUUCUUCUGCUGUGGCACCAGGGCGUCAUGUUUACCAAUUUACCUUCCAGUUGCCUCUACAGCACUUCCCACCAACCUUCAAAGGUUCAGUUGGAAAAGUUGUCUACACUUUGGAAACAAAGCUAUCCAGAUCAAUGUGCAUUUCUAUCAAAGACAAAACAGAGUUUCACUAUGUCCCCAGACCAGAUGUGUCCAAUCCUGAACUAAUGGCACCUCAGUAUGGAACCAAAGAUAAACAAAUGAAAUUGUUCACCUCUGGGAGUGUCUCGAUGAACAUAAACACUGAGAAAAUGGGAUACUACCUUGGAGAGGACUUGAAAGUUUUGGCUGAAUUUCAGAACAAUUCUUCUCGUGCAAUCAAACCAAAAUACUGCUUGUAUGAAAAACACAGUUUUUUUGCAAGAGGAAAGAGGAAACUUCACACACAAUACCUGCUUAAAGAGGAAGGGGAAUUCAUUGAGCCAAACUCAAAGAAAACUGUCACCAAAGUGCUGUCCAUUCCACCCAGCCUUGCCAUAUCUAUUCUAAACUGUAGGAUCCUCAAGGUUGAGUACAGACUCAGGGUCUACCUGGAUGUGCCAUAUGCCUCAGAUCCAGAGAUUAAAUUCCCAGUUGUGAUUCUUCCUCCUCAGCCUGUCUCAGGGGCUACAAACAGUGACUUUGGAAUCUGGAAUCAACCACCAGGAAGCAAUAUGUACCCCAACCCACCUCCUAUGGCUCCACUUGCCCCACCACUUAAUGUGGUUGGACCAUCUGGUCAGUUUGGUGCCCCUGGCUACUAUGGACCACCUCUGAAUCAGUUUCCUGCUCCUGGUUACCCUGGACCUCCGGGUCAGUUUGCUCCACCUAGUUACCCUGGACCUCUGGGUCAGUUUGCUCCACCUAGUUACACUGGACCUCCUGGUCAAUUUGGUCCUUCAGUUUCACAUCAGUCUGACCCAUCAGCUCCACCUCUUUAUCAGGAAUAUCAAUUAUAUCCACAGUUGCCAGACCACCCUGAAAAAUCUUGACAAAGUGAUUUUAGAAUCAGCUUCUAGGCUUCUUUUUUAUUACUGUUCUAUCUAGAUUCUUCGAAUCAUUUGUAUUAAU